UAUUUUUAAUUUCCUCCAUCUUAGAUAGCGAAACAAACGUGGCCCAAGGUAUUUUUGAUUACAUCCCUAUAUUCCUCUGAAUCUAUGAGGCACCGUUCAUUAGAGAGAGAGAGAAUAUGGAGGAGAGCGAUGAGCUGAGGACGAGAGUCGUGUCGUCUGUUGCGGCCACAGCAAACCCUAACACUCAGGUCUUGAACAAUUCUUCCAAAACCAGAGAAGAAGGCGAGCUCUCUUCGUCUGACGACGAUGAACUUCCCGCUGCUUCGGCUUCUCAGUUCAAUGAUACCACUGCUGCUCGAGAGGAGCCUGUUCGAGUUGGUUCUUCAAACAAAAUUGUUGAAGGAAGGUGUGUUUCUACUAAUAAUCCUAAAAGCUUUGUCAAUAUACCUUCCAGAACUUCUGCACAGCUGAAUUAUCAAAAGAGCACUGAGAAGAAUCGAGCUCCAUUUGUGCCAUUUGUGAUAAGCUUUUCAGAUGAUGACAGUGGCAGUGACUCAGAAGAGUUCAGACAUCCGAAAGCCUCAGAAACUAAAGGCAAUGCACAAGGCAUGGAUGGGAAUCGAAGACCACAUGCUUCUGCAGUGCCAGAAUCUCAAAUACUACAACAAACUACAAGAAAUGAAUCCAGAGUGAUGCCAAGGAAAGUGUCUUUGAGCCGUACCUUUGUCUCAUCAAUGACCAAAAUCAAUGGUCCAAAUACCAGAAAUGGACAGUCACUGGUCGAACAAAGAGCUCGUUUUAGAAUUUCUAAUACUCUCAAUAAAAAAUUAGCUGACCGGGAACAUGGAGGUAACCAAAAUAUGCAUUUGAACAGUAGUAAACUUCAAGAUCUUCGCCAGAAAAUUGCAAUUAGGGAAAAGGAAUUAAAGCUUAAGUCUGCCCAGCAAAAUAAGGAAACAGUUUCCGGUACAUCUAAGGAUCAUAACCUCAUGGAAUCAGACAUUGAUGCCGUUAGGGAUUGCAGAGCAACUUCUGCUGAUUUUGUACUGUUUGAAACGAAACAACCAGACAAGAAGCGCCCAAAACUCAAUGAAUCACAUCAAAGUCAGCUAGUUUCAGAUGUCCAGCAACAAAUGCGUCCUGCACAGUCAGUGCUCCCAUCAGAAAGGUCUAUGCUGAAGAAUGGUGGUGAGCAGAUCAUUAAUGAACAUAGCCAUCGAGACAGAGAGACGCCUCUAGGCACAAUGCACACAGGAGCUGCUCAACAGAAAAAGAAAGAUGAUACUCGGGGCCCUCUUUCUUCUGGAAAUCAAUCUACUGGUGUGAAAUACGGUGCUGACAUAAUCGUUAAUGAUAGUCAAUGUGACAGGCAUUCUAAGUUGGUGGAUUCGUCUAUUUCAUUAGAGCAGACCAAAAAGGUGGCAAAUGACAGUGCUAAAACUUUUCCGAAGAAAUCAAGCACUGUGGAGUCAAAGCAUGGUAGUGAGCUUAAUUGUUAUCGUACAAGAAUCUCAAACAAAGCAACCUGUGGACAUAAUCUAACUGUGGGCAGCGAGCUUCAUGAAGUUAGAUCUGGUGAGGAUGCAUGUAAGCCUACAUCAAACAAUACAAAUCAGGCAUGUCCUGUCCAUGUUCCAGAUGGCAACUUAGAGACCUCUGAUGUAUCCCUCAACAAUGCAAGCCUCUGCAAUUGUUUGGGUACAUUAAGUAUAACACAAGAUAACAUGGAUUUGCGGUCGAUACUUGACAUUGAGGAAUUGCAAGACAAGGAGUUGGAGGAGGCACAAGAGCACCGGCGUACGUGUGAAAUUGAAGAACGAAAUGCUCUUAAAGCUUAUCGUAAUGCCCAAAGGGCUUUGAUUGAGGCUAAUGGUAGAUGCUCUUAUCUCUAUCAAAAAAGGGAACUCUACUCAGCCCACUUACAAUCUCUAAUGAUGGAGAAUUCAAGUUCGUUCUGGUCCUCUAGACUGCAUAAUUGUACUGGAGCUGGGCUGAAUUUCUCAAAUAACAUUUCAGAAGAUAAUAUGCAUCAAUUGCCUACAUCUAUCCAUGAGAUGCAAGAUGAAUUUAAUGCUUAUAAUCAACAAGGUCAUCAUUCAAACAUCCAAACUGCCAAUGGUGCUCUUCAAAUUGUGUCAGAUCAGCAUGCUGAUGGGCACGAUUUGGCCUCUGAUCCGUGCAGUGAGCCUGAUGCUAGUACAUCAGAGGCUCGUAAAGACGACAAGGUGGCAGAUGGAAUCUGCUCUCCAUCCAGUGAUUUAAAUGUUUCGGCAGAUGAAGAUGAAGAGACAUUUUCAUUUGACCAUAAAUCUGUUUACUCUGGUCUCGAUUGUCAGACAAAAGAAGAAAAUUAUGGAGAAAGGGCAAAGGGCAUAGCUGAUGAGCGAAAAAGAAAGUUUCCUUUUGAUAACUCUCAAGAUUCUUUACUUCUUGAAGCAACCUUAAGGUCUCAACUGUUUGCUAGGCUAGGAACAAAAGCAUUGCCAAAGAAUAGUGGUCCAACUCACAACAUGGAACCUGCUGUUGUAACUGGGGCUGGACAUGGUGGUGCUGCAGGGCAAGCAGAGACGAGUGUUGGGAAUGAAUCAUCCUCUGUGGUAGCGAAAAACCAACAUUCUGGAGGUACUGAUGAGGCAGAAAAGGGUAUAUCUGAGCUUCCUGUUCAGAUCGAUGAGGGCCAUGUUGCGAACUUUUCUUCUAAUUAUGCAUCUCCUACUGCUGAUCCUUUGGAUAGCCGUUUUUUCACAGAAGAUAACCAAUCAUCAAGAUCUGUUAUCUUUUCAUCUCCCAUUCGAAGGAGUACAUUUGGUCACCUGAAGGUUACAGAGCCAGUCAGUUUAGUUGGAUUACAGAGUAGAAGUAAACCAAUUCACAGUUAUGAUAUUUGCAAUGAAGAGGGCAAUAGUGUUAGCUCUACUGAAAUCCAGCCAAGCAUUUUGAGUUCAAACUCAAUGGAUGAGACUUUGAUGGAUAUAUGUUCUAGGAAAGUUGGCUGUUACACCUGUAAUCUUGCAAUCGAUCCAUUUUGGCCACUUUGCAUGUUUGAACUCCGGGGAAAAUGCAAUGAUGAUGAGUGUUCAAGGCAACAUGUUAAAGAUUACUCUCGCCAAAAUAUGAACCUUGAGAAUUGUGAUAGUGCCGAUUGUCAGGUUGGAUCAUCAACCCACAAAGGAAAUGCAGCAAAUAUUUCCAAGGGUCUUGAUUUGGCACCACCAACAUAUCUAGUUUGCUUAGAUGUGCUGAAAUCUGAUUUGCAUCCUUAUGGAUCUAUUCUUUCACAAGGUGUUGGACAGUGUUGGCAAAGGUGUUUCAGCACUUCCUUGGUUCUUUCAGGUUUGCUUCAUUCAGAUUCACCUACAGACAAACCAUUCUUGCACGGCACUGAAGCUCGUAUUGAGGUCAAUGGGAGUUGGAAUAGUCAAUCACUAUAUUUUCAAAGUAGAAAUGGCACAAUGAGUCAACUUGAUCAGCGGUUUACUGAUAAUGACCAAACGCUGGAAAUGGCUCUUCUUAAUCUCAAGAGAAAGGGUAGGAUAGAGGCUCUUAAAGUGCUUGCUCGAGCUCUAGAAGCCAAUCCAUCAUCUGCCGUUCUCUGGGUGGUUUAUUUACAUAUUUUCUAUAGCAGCGAGAAGUCAAUUGGGAAGGAUGACCUGUUUCGUUUUGGGGUUGAACUCAAUGAAGGAUCUUAUGAACUUUGGCUUAUGUACAUUAAUAGUCGGAUACAACUUGAGGAUCGUUUGGUUGCAUAUAAUACUGCACUCUUGACUCUCUUCCGCCAUGCAUCUGCCACUGGCAGUGAUGCAGUGCAUGCAAGCGCAUGUAUCUUGGACCUUUUUUGGCAGUUGGUUAAUUGUUUGUGCAUUUCUGGUAAUGUUGGCAAGGCCAUUGAGAAAAUCUAUGGACUUUUUCCCUCUACAAAGGAUUCUGAUGAGCCACAUUCUCUGUUGCUUUCCGAUAUCCUUCCAUGCUUAACCCUUUAUGACAAAUGUAUCUUCUGGCUCUGCUGUGUGUACUACAUAGUCUACAAAAAACUGCCUGAUGCUAUAGUGCAGCAGUUUGAAUGUGAGAAAGAACUUUCUGAGAUAGAGUGGCCUUCUACGCAUUUAACAGUUGAUGAGAAGCAGCAAGCAGUUACAUUGAUGGAAAUGGCAGUAGAUUCUCUAGCUUUGUAUAUAGAUAGUGGAUCUCUUGAAAGUGAAAGUACUCUUGAGGCAGCACACAUGUUUGCUCUCAACCACAUUAAGUGUAUAGCAGUGCUUGAAGGCUUAGAAUGUAGUAAGAACUUGUUGGAUAAAUACGCCAAACUGUACCCUUCAUGCUUAGAACUUGUUUUAAUGUCAGCACGGAUGGCGGAGGAUGAUUUUGGGGAUUUGGGUUUUGUAGGAUUUGAAGAGGCUCUUAACAACUGGCCGGAAGACGUCCCAGCAGUUCAGUGUAUCUGGAACCAAUAUGCUGAAUUUGCCCUCCAGAAUGGUAGAUUUGAUUUUGUGAAAGAAUUAAUGAAUCGAUGGUUUCAUUCGGUUUGGCAAGUACAGUAUUCUCGAUAUGAAGUAGAUUUGAUGGAUGGAGAGAACUCCCUUGGCUCACUAGAUUUAGCUUCAACGUCGAAUCCUGAUGCUUGGUUUUGUAAUUCUAGUGAGAUAGAUAUUGUGUUUGGAUUGCUUAAUCUCUCUCUCCACAAAUUAUUGCAGAAUGAUCUCGUUGAAGCUCGCAUUGCCAUUGACAGGGCAUUGAAAGUUGCUACUGAGGAUUACAAGCAUUGUGUAAAAGAGCAUGCCAUGUUUUUGCUUGCGAAUGGUUCACAAUUUAAGGAAAAUACUCCUGUUGGAAUACUGAAUAUCCUGAGAGGUUAUCUGGUCGACGCCCGGGCUUUCUCCACCCAUCAACCAUUGUCCAGAAAGUUCAUUCAGAGCAUCAAGAAGCCAAUAGUUCAACAAGUAGUUAGCAAUAUAUGGAGUCCAGUGUCAUCUGAUUUCUCUCUGGUGAACUUGGUUCUUGAGGUAUGGCAUGGCCCGUCUCUCUUACCCCAAACAUUUAGCAAGCUAAACGAUCUGGUGGAUUUGGUUGAAGCUGUUAUGGGGAUUAUCCCAUCGAAUUAUCAGCUAGCAAUGUCUGUCUGCAAGCUGUUGAGCAAACGCUCUGACCCUGUUGAUGUGACCUCUGCGAGUGUUUCGUUUUGGGCAAGCUCGCUCUUAGUCAAUGCACUCUUUCAGGCAGUUCCGGUAGCAGCUGAAUAUGUAUGGGUAGAAGCUGCUGAUGUUUUGCAGAAUCUGACAGAUAUUCAGUCCAUCUCUGAGAGUUUCCAUAAGAGAGCUUUAUCUGUAUAUCCAUUCUCCAUAAAGCUGUGGGAAUCCUAUCUCAAGUUAUCUCGGACUACAAGAAAUACAAGUUCUGUAAUUGAAGCAGCAAGAGAAAGGGGAAUCAAACUCGAUUGACAUUGAAGGUAGAUGAGGAAUAUAGGUUGCAUUUGCAUCAGCUGAAGAAAUUUUUGGGGCCACUUUCUAGGCUGAAGCUUAAUCUGUAGGUGGUACCAAAUUGAAUUGUAAGUCUUUGCAAAUUUUGAAUUUUGUGUUUGUAGGUUCAUGAAUGGAUGUUGGUUUCAUUGUAGGAACCUUGAAAAGGCAUACUGAGUAGGAGGAUAAUUGAUAGGUUUUCUAGCUGUCACCAAUUCUGUGAGAUUUGGUAAAGAAGUUUACAGGAUUCUGUUCUUCUUCUUAGAUAGACUUUACCACUUGUGUAUAUUUUGAGAAAAGAGUUGAAGAAUUCUUUUUGGUUCUCUCA